AUGAGGAGACUUUGUCCGAAUAUUGAUAGAGAAGAUGGCCUUGAGACAGUUCUUGAGGUCCCUAUACCAGAAGAAAUGUUCACAAGCAUGGGGAGUAGUGUAACAAUACGAUGGGAAAACAUGCAAACAUGGAUGAAAGCUCAAACAAACAACAAAUGGUCAUCAACUCCAAUCAUUGCUGGUCGCUUUAACGAGCUACGUUUCCUGCUUUACCUGGUUGGAUCCCCACUUAUUCCCCUUCAGGUCCAAUUAGGUCACUCUAUCCACCGUCCUGUCAAAGAUUGCUCCAUUGAAGCUUCAACAGCGAAAUAUAUAGUGCAACAGUACACAGCAGCAACGGGAGGGCAACCGGCAUUAAACUCAGUGCAAAGCAUGUGUGUGACCGGGCAUGUGAGGAUUAGAGCCUCGGAUUUUCAACAAGGAGGAGGGGAGGACGAGUGUGUAGAGUUGAAAACGAGUAGAGAAGAGGUUGGUGGAUUUGUGCUUUGGCAAAAGAAUCCUGACUUGUGGUGCUUAGAGCUUCUUGUACCCGGGUGCAAGGUCAUCUGUGGCAGCAAUGGUAAGGUUUCAUGGCGGCAUUCCUCUAAUCAACAGACACCCAUUUCAAAUGGUCCUCCCAGACCCUUGCGCCGUUUCCUACAGGGUUUAGACCCAAGAGCCACAGCCAACUUAUUUAUGGAUGCAAUGUGCAUUGGAGAAAAAAUCAUAAAUGACGAAGACUGCUUCAUACUAAAGAUAGAUACAGGGGCAGCAAUUCGCGAGGCUCAAAGCAGUCCAAACUAUGAGAUCAUCCACCACACAAUAUGGGGAUACUUCAGCCAACGUUCAGGCCUUUUGAUUCAAUUUGAAGACUCGAGGCUGCUUAGGAUGAAAACUCAAUCUGAAGAGGACGUGUUCUGGGAAACCAGCACUGAAUCAGUCAUGGAGGAUUAUAGGUACGUUGAUGGUGUAAACAUUGCACACAGUGGCAAGACUCACAUCACGAUUUAUAGAUAUGGAGAGCAAUCUGCUAACCACAAGAGGGAGUUGGAAGAGAAAUGGAAAAUUGAUGAGGUUGAUUUCAACAUAUGGGGCUUAACAAUGGAAAGCUUUCUGCCUCCAGCUGAACUAGGAAAAAAUUAA